AUUUCAUCAUGGGUUGACAAGGAUCUACUAACCAGGCUAAGAAGUCUACUAAAAAACAGACCAAGGGUAAAGCUACCAAGCAAGGUCAAGUAAUGAAAAACAAAAAUGGGAAGCAACAAGUCAAUCAAAUGAAUGGACAAAAUGAAGAAGUUAAGGUAUCGAACUCAGCUGCUGCAAAGGGAUCGGCUCCAUCGGCUGCUUCAGACUCCUCUGAUAUCGAUAGACUUGUUCAGAAGUAUCUGACUGACAAGGCAUAUCAAGGGUAUCUAAAUAUGAAGCUCUUAUCUCUCCGCCUCUCAGUGGUAGGAAACAAGAAUCUUCUCCAAUCUAUUGCAGGCCUACCUGUAAAUAAAGAUGAUCAACCUAAAAAUGCUCUCAAGGUCCCUCCUAUUAAGGUCUUUAGCUUAUCUGAUAUUGACAGCAGCAACCAGGAUGUAGUCCAAGAAUUUUUGAACAAAAGUUUUCCAGACUCUUUAGAACUCUUAGCCCUCAAGGUGACUGCCUCCAAGUCUUCUCUCGAUAUCGAUUUAUUCCUAACCCAACUGACCAAAGUGAACUCUAACAUAACCCUAUCUCUGAGACUGCACAAAUUUAAAAUCCCGAAGAAAUCCUUCGAAUCCAUAAUAAACUCAUUCUCCCACCUCAGAGAAAUCUGGUUCGGGAGUUCAACCAUCGACUCUGAAGACAUCUCCUUCCACAAAUCCACUAACUUCAAACUUGAAAAACUAGUGUUCCACUACUCAGGAACUCCUGACUGCAGCAACUGGGAAGGCUCCCCUUCCAAAGUAUCCUCUAUUGCCAAGGCUAUCAACGGGUGCACUCUAAAAGACUCCCUUAAAAUCUUCAAAUGCAUAAACAACAAGUUCAAACUAAGCACUCUGCAAGAAAUCUUCGACGAAAACGAACUUUCCCAAAUCCAGAUCGAACAUGAAGACUGGGACAAAGCCGAAGACGACCAGGACAGCAGUGGGGCUGACAGCGCUGAUAGUGAUGAAGAGGCCAGUGAUGACAGUGACGACCAGGAAGUCAGUGACAGUGAUGAUAGUGAAGAGGAUAGUCAAAGCGAUUAAGUACUGCUAAGGAUGUAAUUGUAGAUAGUGACCAUUAUUGAUAAAGAUUUUAUAGCUAU